AUGUCAGCCAAAGCAUUAGGAGCGAGUUCAUUUAGAAACAUAUUCGCAAAACAGAAUGCAUUACCCAGUGCAUCAAACACAAUCCUCAACUUCAAACACCUGCCACAGGAAAGCUUGCUGAACAUCAUAACGCGAUCGGACAAGGAGAUUGGAGGGUACUCUGAAGUGCAUCUUGACUACGACGCAGCAGAAAAGUGUGCGCAUUUCCAUGGCAAUUUAUCAUUGGACUUACCCAAGGAUAAUCCGCAGGUGACUCGGUCUGGAUAUGCCAUGUUCAGGACCAAGGAUCAGCCGCUGAGCAUAGUAUGGGGAGACAAGUACUGGGAUUGGAGCGAUUACACUGCGUUGGCUUUGCGGGUCAAAGGUGACAGGAGAAAGUAUAUCGUCAACAUCCAGGCCAACACCCCCUUGGUUACAGACUUGUUCCAACAUCGGUUGUUUCUUCAGAACCCAGGACACUGGGAAACGGUGGUGAUUCCGCUCCAUGACUUUGUCAUGACGAACUGGGGCGUCAUCCAGGAUGGAUCGGAGCUCAACAAGUCAGAGGUCAAGACGGUGGGGAUCGGGUUGCUUGAUAAGCAAUACGGUCCGUUCAGUCUCAAGAUAGACUGGAUCAAGGUGAUGAGCGGGGUCGAUGUGUCUGAGAUCGCAAGAGACGAAAAGUUGACUGUGUUGAACGAUGAUGCGAUUGAGGAGACGCCACUCUACGGACAUGACACUUUUACCAAGGAGAAUCAUUGA